CGCAAGCAUGUCAUUCGAUAUCGACGAUGAUGAGUACGUCGCAAAGCUUCUUGCGCAAGAUGCCAAGAAGAUGACUAAGACCUACGACUUGGUCGGUCUCGAUGCCUUCGACCCCAAGAGGCCAAGAGCUGGUGCACCAAAACCUAAUACGAACUUCCUGCGACACAUCAUCCGCCAGACCGACAAUCACAAUGCCGCGCUGUUGGCAAAGGAGGCCGAGGAGUCAAGCUGGCGACUCAGGCAGAUGAAUCGCAGUAUUGACAAGGAACGCACAGAGGCAGUGGAUAGGGCUAAGAGGAGGAUCGAGGGCCGCCUGAGUCCACGACCAGACCACACCGACUCCCGGGAACGCUCGAGUCAGAGGAUUGUCAACGCCAAUGACAAAGAUGCUGGCAGAAGCGAUCGAAGUAGGCGGCAUCAUGAUGAUCGUUCAGGUUCGCGGUCUAGACGACACAGAGACCGAAACAGGGACAGGCACAGACUCAAAAGGCAUCGCGAAGUUGACGAGAAAGAUCAAACAUCACACCAAUCGAAAAGAUCAAGAAACCACCGGGAGGACGAGCACCGACGAGGCUAUAGCGGUGAUGAGGACGAGAAAAGACCUCGCGAUCGAGAUCAAAGAAGGUGCAAAUCCUACUCCAAAUCCCCUUCACGAUCAAGGUCAAGGUCACCUCACUGCAAGCCAUAUCGAACACGCGACCGCACGCGCUCACCUCGACGUUCCCCUCGACGCUCUUUACGGAGCCCUCGAAAUUCCCGAAAGAGCAAACGGCGGUCGCAAAGCUCAGCGUCUGACUCAGACCCUCUUGAAGCCAUCGUCGGCCCUCUCCCUCCUCUACCUGAACCAACUGUCCGCUCGCGUGGUCGAGGCGCCCUUAAGAGCAACUCCCUAGGCAUCGUAUCACGCUUCUCUACAAAUUACGAUCCCUCUAUGGACAUGAAACCCGGUUCAGACGCCGAGGACGACUGGGGCGAGGCACUGGAGGUCAUACGUGACCGAGAACGUUGGAAGCAGCAAGGUGCGGAUCGACUACGUGCUACAGGGUUCAAGGAUGAACAAGUGAAGAAGUGGGAGAGAGGCGGUGAUCCGCUGGAAGAGGACGUGGUGUGGGCAAAGAAAGGACAAGGUAGGGAGUGGGACAGAGGUAAAAUCUUGGACGAAGACGGAGACGUGGAUUUGAAAGCCGAGUGGGGACGAUUAAAGUAAAUACUCGCCGCGGCAAUGUGGAUAUGUACAACUAUGCACGACCUCCUACAACUUCAUACCCAGAACCUUAUGCACCCUCAGCGCUUGCCUGAUACUCAGGUCAAGCAUGAUCUCCUCACUUCCACCCGGAAUAGCAUAUGCUCUGACAUCCCUGUACAGCCUCUCGACCUUCGCACCCUGUCCACCGCGGCUGUAACUCAACCCGCCAAAAAUCUGACUUGCUUCCCUUGCGCAGAACUCGAAAGUGGUCGUACUCUGCGCCUUCAAACUGGCAAUAGCUCCGCCAAGCUUCAGCAUGGCUUCUGUCUCGCUC